CUUCAUUCAUACAAGACCAGAGAGAGAGAGAGAGAGAGAGAGAGAGAGGUAGAGAGUUCCAGAAAUGGGCGCAGGGCGGGAAGAAAGGAUUCUGGUUACGGGAGGAGCGGGGUUCAUAGGCACACACACAGUGGUUCAGCUUCUCAACGAAGGGUUUAAGGUCUGGAUCAUCGAUAAUCUCCACAACGCCGUUGAAGAAGCUGUUCAUCGGGUGAGGGAGUUGGUUGGACCUCACCUCUCCCUCAAUCUCCAUUUCCAUUUGGGUGAUAUCAGAAACAAGGAUGAUUUGGAAAACUUGUUUUCUCAAACCAAGUUUGAUGCUGUUGUCCAUUUUGCCGGGCUUAAAGCUGUCGGAGAGAGUGUUGCUUAUCCCUUUCGCUACUUCGAAAACAAUCUAGUUGGAUCAAUAAAUCUGUAUUCUGUCAUGGAAAAAUAUAACUGUAAGAAGUUGGUUUUCUCAUCAUCAGCAACGGUUUAUGGCCAACCCGAGAAGAUUCCGUGCGUGGAGGAUUUUGAAUUGAAGGCCAUGAACCCCUACGGCCGUACCAAGCUGGCCCUUGAAGAGAUAGCUCGCGACAUUCAAAAGGCGGAUGGAGAGUGGAGAAUCAUUUUGCUGAGAUAUUUCAAUCCAGUGGGAGCCCAUCCCAGCGGGAGACUCGGGGAAGAUCCUAAAGGCAUACCCAACAAUCUCAUGCCUUACAUCCAACAAGUCGCAGUCGGUCGGUUGCCCGAGUUGAAUGUCUACGGUCAUGACUAUCCCACCCCCGAUGGCACUGCGAUCCGUGACUACAUCCAUGUUAUGGACUUGGCAGAUGGCCAUGUCGUUUCGCUCAAUCGCCUUCUCAAACAAGAUGUUGAUAUAGGUUGUGUUGCUUACAACUUGGGAACUGGGCGUGGCACAUCCGUCCUAGAAAUGGUAGCUGCCUUUGAAAAAGCAUCUGGGAAGAAAAUUGGGAUGAAAUUAUGCCCGAGAAGAGCGGGGGAUGCGACAGCGGUUUAUGCAUCAACGGAGAAGGCCGAGAGAGAGUUGGGGUGGAAGGCGAAGAACGGGAUAGAUGAGAUGUGCGGGGACCAGUGGAAAUGGGCAAGCCAGAACCCAUGGGGCUACGUCUCCCAGCCCUGACCCCAAACCAUCUUCUACAAUGGAUGGCCACCCCAUCUCCAGCCUCUCUCAUCUGGUUCUCUAUGUUUGUACAACUCAAAUCCUCCCUUUCUAUCUCUCUCUGUGUGUUCUUUUUAUGGCUGAAUUGGUUGGACUAAAAGUGAAGGUGUCAAUCAAUCUUUAAUGCAAUCUCCCCAUCAAAUUCAUCAAAGUAAAUUUGUUUGAUUCAAAACAAUAUAUCAUCAUGGACAUUGGACACUUCCACACUCGCCCCUUCCACAAUGUUCUUUUGAAUUGAAAUUUCAAAAUUAAAAGUUGGAAGAAAUUGGAUGAAGUUAG